AUGGAUCAACCGGAACCCUCCCAGGCAGCCAACUGCGAUCACAUCCCGAUAAUCGAUCUGUCGCAUUUGAAUAGCCCCCGUAUCCAAGAUCGGCGGGAACUCGCCCAGACCAUAUAUGAUGCUUGUACUCAAGUUGGGUUUUUUUACAUCAAGAAUCAUGGCAUCCCAGUAGAAAUGAUCAAUGGUGUUCAUCAUGCUGCCGAGCGCUUUUUUGCACUUACCGAAGAUCAAAAAAUGAACUUCUACAUUGGCAACUCCCAGAAAUUCCGAGGCUAUAGUCCUUUGGGUGGUGAGAAAACAACGGGCACGGACGAUGAUCCUAUAUCCGCCGAAGAAUCUACCGGUGUUCUCUCCGAAGCUUUUGAUAUCGGAUACGAAACAGCUAUGGAUUUUCAAAAGUCCACUGACGCCACUCUGGGGCCUGAUACCUAUGGUUUAUAUGGAGAUAAUCAAUGGCCAGAUGAGAACGUGCUCGUCGGCUUUAAGCUCACUUAUAUCGAAUAUUGCGCCACCGUUUUGGAGUUCUGUCGCAAGCUCAUGAGAAUAUUUGCUCUCGCCUUAGAUGUACCAGAGGACUACUUUGACUCGAAAAUUCAGACACCGGGCGUCACUUCUCGGAUGAUGCAUUAUCCCGCCCAACCUGUUGGAGAAACGCGCGAGGGUCUAGGAGCGCAUACCGACUGGGAAUGUUUCACAAUCCUUUCUCAAGGCAGAGUUCCCGGGUUACAAGUUUUGAAUCAACGUGGAGAAUGGAUUCUCGCCCCUCCUAUUCCUGGAACAUUGGUUGUCAAUAUAGCUGAUUGUUUGUCGACUUGGACAAAUAAAAAGUUCAAGUCAACAAUCCACCGUGUGUCGAAUCUCUCCGGCGAGGAACGUUAUUCAAUCCCAUUCUUUUUUGGAAUCGACUACGAUGCCACUGUAUCUGUACUCGAUAACCACACCUCAAAGGACAAUCCACCUUGCCGGGCACCUUUUAAGGCGGGGGAGUGGGUCCGUGAAAAAAUGUCCAAGGCAUAUGUUGGCUUUGAAGGCUAG